AUGGAGAAACCGUUUCCCCUUUUCCGUCUACCAAGACUUGCAAUUGAAGAAGUAAUAAGUACAAUGACACCGUUUGAAAUCAUCAACUUCUCGAUGACUUCAUUGAAAAUCAAGUGUUUUAUCAAGUGUUUCCUAAGAAACAACAGAUAUUCCAAAUACCUUUUGUUAUUGGACACAAGUAAAGAGCCAAUAGUUACAAUCAGAGGGUCUGAAAUACAUUUCAAAUUAAUAACUACAACGGAUAAGGCAAAGCACGGGGAAAGAGAAUUUGAAAAUUUUAUGGGAACCGAGAAAUUCGACAAAUUAUGGAUAUAUUCGGAAAACGUGUUAGAUGGUUGGAUGGAAGUGGUGACAACUGUGAUGGAGAUUUUCAAGUUAAAAAAACAUUUUGUCAUAUUCAAUAUUGACACAUUUCCAACAAAAAACAAAGAGAUUGUUGAUUUUAUAAAGUCUCAAACUCCAUCGAUUGAAUAUUGUGAGUUCAAUGGAAAAACUGAAGCGGAUGAAGACGUUGAGUACUUUUUGAACAAUCUGAAUAUUACGGAAUUCCUAGUAUUAAAUUUGAAACUCAGCGAUAGUUUCAAGCUACCACAGGCUAGCCAUCCCGACUUUUGUUCUCUUGAUCCUGCAAACUGGCUAACAUUUAAUCAGUUACUUCAAUUCAAAGGUUCUGACUUGUACAUCCACGAUUCUCCCCUUACAAACUAUGAACUGAACCAGUUUCUAAUCCUCUGGAUGACUUCUCAAUGUCAUCAGAAUCUCAGAUUUCUUGUAGUAAAUAUCAAUGACCCUCAAUCUCUCGAAACCAUUUUAAAUCUACCGUUCGAGAUACUGGAUCCUAAUGUUGAACGGAUCGGCAGACUUUCCAAUAAUAAAACUAUUCCAUUACGCGGGGAAAUCGAUAUCAAGAGAAACGACGGGAUGACUGGAACCAUUAAUUUCAAGUGGAGAGGAGAUAAAAUGCUUCUGCAAAUCAUCAAUUUCUCGAUGACUUCCUUGAAAAUCAAGUAUUUUAUCAAGUGUUUCCUUAGAACCAGUCGCAAUUCUCAAUACGUGUUGCAAAUGCAUACAAAUGAAGAUCCAUCAGUUUCAAUCAGAGGAUCGGAAACAACCUUUGAAUUUACAGUGACAUCCGAUAAAACAAAGGACGGAAUGAGCGGAAUGAGAGAAUUCAAAGAUUUUAUGGAACUUGAAAAAAUUUACACGUUAUGGAUGUAUUCGAUAAACGUGAUAGAUGGCUGGAUGAAAAUGGUAAAAACUAUGAAAGAGAUUUUCACGUUUAAAAAACAUUAUGCUAUAUUCAUAAUUGACAUAUUUCCAACAAGAAACAGAGCGAUUGUUGAUUUCAUGAAGUCUCAAACUCCAUCGAUUGAUGGUUGGGAAAUCUACGGAAACGCUGAAACGGACCAAGACGUUGAGUACUUUCUGAUCAACAUCAAUGUCACAAACUGUUUAGGAAUAAUUUCCAGACUUAGUAACCUUUUCAAGAUUCCACAAGUCAACUUUCUAGACACUUGUACUCUGGAUCCUGGAAACUGGGUCACAUUUGAUCAGCUUCUUCAUCUGAAAACAUGUAGACUAUUCAUCCAAGGUUCUCCAUUAACAAACCAAGAACUGAACCAGUUUCUAAUCCUUUGGAUGUCUUCUCAAUGUCAUCAGAACCUGAGUUUUCUGAGGAUAAACAUCAAUGAUCACUCGACACUAUUCUGA